GCAGUGAUCACCAACCCUGUUCCCAGCAAAUUUCUCAAAGAAUUUAUUUCCUGCACAAAUCCAGCUAGUCAAGUAGAUGGAUUAUCUGUUGGUUUCAGGUGGAAAAAGGGUGUGAACUGGAGCUGUAAAUAGGUUGGUGAUCACUGCUUUUUGAAGUACACUCAAUAUUCAUUUAAAACUCAAACAUUACUCAAAAUAUCAAACAUAUAUCGUUUUCAUCAUUGCACAGUUUGUUUAGGAUUCAUGGUAUAGUUCUAAUAAACACCUGAAGACAUUCUUCAGUAUACAGUAUUGCUAUUUUUAACCUCCUGAGCCAGCCGUAACUUGCAAGUAUAGCUGUGACGUCAGUUAACUGUGAAUGAAUGCAUUUUAUUGUCAGAUAAAAAAAAAAGAAUUACACAACAUUAAUAAGCAAGAAAUCCUGUUUCUUGUCCUGAAGGAAACACUAUAUUUAAAGACUCAUGUCUUUUGCAAGGUAACCAUUUUAAUAUAUCAUAUAAUUUGAUUACACUAAUGGUGAGAGCACGUGUAUAAUAACAAUAGAUAGAUAAGAUUAGAGUACAUUGUUAGAUAAGAUAGAAUAGAUAAAAGUGUACAUUGUUUUAGUCCCUGAGUAUUUCUCACAGAGCCUAUGUAGUUUGCUUAGACAAAAGGUCCUCUUGUCUAUAUAGUAACAUUGCGUUGUUCUGACGCUGGCAUAGCGUCAGAAGAUUUUGUUUCAGCAGCUUGAAUUCUACUAAUUAGUGGAAAAAUGAGACAUGAAUGUACAGGCUUUACAAGCUUCGGUGAUUCCAGGUUUUUAGACAUGGAGUAGCAAAGGAGGGGGGGCAAGAGCACUCUAAAGAACAGCACAACCUAUGUAGAGGACAAAACUGCACUUGCCGAAUGAUGCAAAAUUAAUGGACACAUAAUGACUACUGUAGUGGUGUCAUAGUUGCUCCAAAUACUCAAGGACCUUGGCUAAAAUACCUUCAGGUGUUACAAAUAGAGCUAGAUAUGAUUCAUUAUGUCUGCAUGAAUUGCACAGUAAUCUCAUAGUGUGAUUUGGAGUCCGAUUUGGGUUGAUGAUUACAGUGGCAAAGUUUAUUUCAAGGAUGCCAGCUGCUACCCAUGUGGCCAUGCCCCUGAUAACAGAUAAUGUGUCUUUUGACCUAAUUAGAAGACUAGUUUUUCUCACAAUUUGGUCAUUGGCAAUUCCUCCUCACUAGCUAGUUCCCCCAUCACACAACAUCUGAGAGCCAUUACUGACACUCUCAAAAUGAUUGUGAUCGAAUGUGAUCUAAAGCGUGAUAUCGCUAUGAAUUCUGCAUUACCAUUAACCCCACCAUGGCAGGCACAUGACUAUGAACACUUAAAUUAAGGUUUAAUCUUUUAAUCCAGUUAUUUCCGGUUUAAACUUUUAAUCUUUUUUAGGGUUAAUCUUCAAGUUUAAUCCACUAAACCAGUGAUGAGUUUAAUUACUUUUGUGAAUGGUGAUCUAUGUAUUGCUAAACAUAAACCUAUAAAAGUUGUCAGUUUUAAAGUAAUUCUUUUGUUAAUCAUUAUAAAGGAUUUCAAAUCCUUGUAAUGUACUCAGAUUACACUUUAUAACUUGUUACGUAUUUAAUUGAAGGCUCAAUGACUUAAUAGCCUUAGUAGUAAACACCUUUCUACUAUGAGGCCAUAGGUUACCUUUUUUGUUUACACUGUCAGUUGAAGAAUGUUUGUGGAAAUUCCAAAUAUGUAAUGCUUGAUACACUCUAUACAUUUCGUGACACAUAUAAAAGUUGUCCUAAAAGUAAUGAAGGUAUCUGGAACUUGACUUCUUUCUUACUUUAAUGGUUGCAUAUAUGUUUGAAUAAUUACGCUCACGAAACCUGUUUGCUUGUAGGCAAAUAUCAGUGACUCUCGCUGUCUCAUUCAGUGUGUGAGUGUGUGUGUGUGUGAGUGUGUGAGAGUGUGUGUGUGUGUGGGCGGGGUGGAGGUUGUGAGAGUGUCGGUGUGCCUGCGAGCAAAAUUGUUCUUUCCCUUUUCAGACCAACUUCUGCUCCCCUGACAUCACUGGACUUUCCCCUUCUUUCUCAUAUAUAUAUUAGUGAAUUCUACUCCAUGAAGACACUCUGUACACCACAUUACCCUUCAGAUAUAACUCCGAACAGGUCUGGGAUCCAUCUAAAGUCUGGUGUCGUUAUAAUAAAUUACACUGAAGGUGAUACUAAGAGACCAAGUACAGGAUGGAGAACUACAAGGGGACAGCAGCCGACAUAGAAGCCGCUAUUGGAGAUGUUUACCAACCUACUGUGGAAGCCGUGAAGCCAUCCAGAUCUUGGAUGUGGACGAUAGUUGGUGCUGUGGUCUUCCUUUCCCUCUGUGCUGUAGCAUCUCUCUGUUUUGCAUGGCAUUUCACGAAUAAGAAUCAAGGCGAGCUUUUCCUGAAGCAGCAAAGCAACACAAGCACAGGUUCAUCAAGCCAGCAGAAAAUACUAACACAGAUCGCCAAGAGUACAAAGGCAGCCAUUCACCUCCAUGUUUCAAAUCAGCCCCACAAGAAAAGGUCUCCAGUCUGGGUGAGUGGAGUGGACCAGUCCUUCACUAAAGGAGGCCUCAAGCUGGAGGACAACAACAUCGUCAUUCCCCACGAUGGCCUGUACUUUGUCUACAGCCAGGCAUCAUUCCACAUCAUCUGCAAGUCAAGUGAGGAAGAUAAUGACAGUAGCAACAUGCAUCUGAGCUACAGAAUUCUCUGGUCAUCUCUCACAGCACCAUCCAAAAAUAAACGGUAUCUGCUCCAUGGAGUCAAAUCCGUGUGCCAAACCAAAACAGAGGAACAGAUGAAUGGACAGCCUGUCUAUGAUUCCAUCUAUCUUGGCGCCAUCUUUCAGCUUUAUAAGGGGGACAAACUGUCAACGGAGGCCAACCAUCUUGUUGGCAUCGAUGUACACAGUGCCAAGACCUUUUUUGGGGUGUUUGAGCUGUGAGAACUUCGAAGCUGCUUGCUGACCAAUGUGAAGACAAAUUGUUUUAUGUUAAAACACCAAUGUUGUAUUUCUCAGGGUGAUUUGUGAAAAUUAAUCACAUGAGGAAUGUGAAAUUAUUAACUUUUGUAAACGUAAUAGUUUCGAAUGUGAUACAGUGUAUCAAAGUGUUGCAAAGUUCUCCAUUGUACUUGCUGUAUUAUGGUGUAAUACCUAGUGUGUGAGAAGGCUACUGAACUGAGAAACAGGAGAGCACUACUCCUCUGUACUCUUCCUAGACCAGCAUGUUAAGCUUGUAGAAUAAUACUGAAAAACUGUAGCUCACUACAGAAACUGCUCAUGUACAAACUGAAUGUUGUAAUGAAUGCACUUUUUUUUUUGGUUUAGUGUUUUAACUGAUUCAAAAUAAGUAUUUCGUAUUUAUUAAUGAGACAUAUUAUGUAUUUAUUCAUUCACACUUGCCUAUUUAUUAUUGUUGUUAUAAUGGAUGUGAAUAAAAUUCUUAAAAUCAAUGCUGUACACUUAUGUGCUCUUUUUAAGGAAUACUGCAGCAUUUUUAAAGCCUAAUCUCUAUACACCACAUCUGUAGUAUAUGUCUGAUUACAACAGACAAGAAUGUCCUGCAUCGAGGAAUGAAUGGAAAAACUGUCUACUCCAAACUAACUUAUAAUGGAAGUCUAAGUGCAAGUGUUGGGGCAGUCAAUAAACAUUUAUAACGCUUUCAUGAACCUUUCAGAGGUAUUUGUAAGUCAAGCUCUAAAUCUGUAUAAAACAUCCCUUCAGAGAUGGAGGUACUUUCAGAGGGAACGAUUUGUGCUUAUACCAUACUUGUAUAGUCCACAUAGCUCUUAUUAAACAUGGAAGUACCUUUGUUUCAGCCUGAUGGCUUGUGGAGACCUCAAAAUCUUAGGGGAAAUAAGUAUGUUUUAUUGUGUUGCUCCAGUUGAAAAGUUGGGUUAAACUACAAAAGAACAGCUUUGGCAAGACUUGAUGCAGGCCAAUAACUGCCCUUAACUAUCGAGGAAACAGAGUUUCUGUUAUUUUCUCACUACAGCAAGUUCUUGUUUGUGGUAAUCACACAUAUACUACAGAGGUAACACCUUACAUAUUGGUGAACACAAACAGGGUGUGAAUUCAGUGUUUGUUCUGGUGUUUGUUCAGUAAAGCCCAAAUUAGACACUUUUAAACAUGUUAUUCACUAUAAAUUAGACUUUAUUUAUAAAUACAUGUAUUGGUUAAUAAUUGGUGACCUGUUGUGUGAAAACGACCAAUAAAUACAUUAUUGGUUGCAAUAAUGUGCAAUAAAUUCUUUGUUAAAACCAUGUUAUUUAAAUUAUUGAGCAUUAUUAAUCACCGAUUUUGGGCUUUAUUGAACAAAGACCUUAACUAACGCCUAAUAUGUGUUCCUUAA